AGGAGGGAAGCUGUCGAAGCCUUCCUCCCCAUCUUUGCCACUAAUCUCACUUCAUGUGUUACUGUUAGUUUUUACGGAGGAACCCCAUCAAAGACAAGCUGAUUUUUUUCCCCAAGCGCCCAACGGAUACCGUUUUUCUGUCUAUUGGUUGGAUAACUCAGAAAGGUGCAGGAUGUCCAACAACAUGGCCAAGAUUGCAGAUGCUAGAAAGACGGUUGAGCAACUUAAACUGGAGGUCAACAUAGAGAGGAUGAUGAUAUCCAAAGCAGCAGCCGACCUGAUGGCCUAUUGUGAAGCUCAUGCCAAAGAAGACCCCCUGGUGACUCCAGUACCUUCAGAGAACCCGUUUCGAGAAAAGAAAAUAUUCUGUGCUAUACUUUAAGCUCCACGUGUGCAGUGUCUACAAUUCAGUGUACAUUACUUCAUGUGUGAUUCAAAUUCAGCUUUAAUGAAAUGUUGUUUCAGUUUUACUAAUUAAAAUAGAAUUUUGUUGAGUCAUCUGAGGAAUGAACAAGAUAAGGACGGCAAUAAAGUUUUGUCAUGAGUGGGUGCAAAGUACAUUUUAGCAGGCCGGCACUCCUGCCUC